AUGGCCGACUCGGAGAGCCAUUAUGCCUUCGACGAUGGCCCCGAUGACGAGCAGUCCAUCAUCUCUACUCGAGGACUCGAAGCCUUUAGCCGCAAGGUCACUGUCACGGCGAGCCAGCUCAUGGGCCCGGCCGCAGAGGCCUCGGGAGCCCAUUAUCGCGCCGCCCUGGCCGAAGUUCACAAGCAGAUGAAGCGCCCCAGCGUCCAGCGCGGCAUGUUCUCCAUGGCCCGGUCCAGCCCGACCGAGAUUGUGCGGUCCAAGCUGUCCACGGCCGAGAUCCAGCACCGCGCCCUCACCCACCUGCCCGACGAGCUGCUGUCCAACAUCCCCGAGCACCAGAAUGCCUAUUCGCUGUUCCAGGGCUUCCAGGCCAGCUUCCCCGAGCUGGCUGACGACAGGAAGAAGCACCGCCGACAGCCGUCGAGGGGCAGGAAACUGCUAGAGGAGGGGGAGAACACACCCGCAACGCCGACCAAGUUGGCCCAGCUCAAGAAGGAAAAGACGACCAUGGUGCACGAGCUGGAAUUGCUGGGGGUGCGCAAGAGCAUGGUCAGCUGUGAGAUCCGUGAGAUAGACAACAAGAUUGCCAAUCUCUACGGCAUGCGUAGGAUUGUGCUGGAGAGGUUGGCAGGCUUUGAACAAGACGAGGCGACACUCGAGCACGAUGUCAUGGACCUCGAAUUGAAAAUCGACGAAGUCCAAGCCGUCGUCGACGAGGCCGAGGAGAUUGCGCGCAACACUGCCACCAAGGACGAGCGAGAUCUAGUGGGAGAUGCCGACGACCACGACCCCGAAUUCAUGUCCAAGUCUGUCUACGAGAAGCUGCCUGCUGCCGACAGCAAGCAGCGCAAGCCGAAAAAGGUCCAUCGCCGGAAAUCCAUGCCCAUUCUGCACGAGCACUUUGCCCCGGGAUCCAACAUCCGCGAAAUCCGGGCCCACCGCGACACGAUUACGGCCAUGGAUUUUGAUGCGCCAUUCGGAACUCUGGUCACUGCCGCACUGGACGAUACUGUCCGGGUUUGGGAUCUGAAUGCCGGUCGGUGCAUGGGCUACCUGGAGGGCCACACGGCCUCGGUGCGAGCAUUGCAGGUCGAGGAUAACAUUCUAGCCACCGGUGGCAAGGACGCUGGCGAUGACGACGAGGACGCCAUUGCUUUUGAACACCCCGAUGCGCAGCCCAUCGAGCCUCCGGAGGGCAGCAUGGACGACUGCGCUCUCUUUACGCUAUCAUCUCACGUCGACGAAAUCACCGCACUUCAUUUCAGGGGAGACGUUUUGGUUUCUGGUUCAGCAGAUAAGACGAUCCGGCAUUGGGAUUUGGAAAAGGGCCGCUGCGUUCAGACGCUCGAUGUCAUGUGGGCGGCCGCUCAGGCAUCGGCCAUUGCAACGACUGACGAUACCUGGAGGCCGACUGGUCGAGCCCAGGGAACCACGGCCGACUUUGUUGGUGCCUUGCAAGUGUUUGAGUCUGCGCUGGCAUGCGGUACUGCCGACGGCAUGUUUGACGAUGUACAUCUAGUGACGGGCAGUUUGGACCGAAGCAUCAGAAUAUGGGAUCUCCGAACAGGGUCCAUCUACGACGCUUACGCCUACGACAACCCCGUCACCAGCAUGAUGUUCGAUGCGCGACGGAUUGUCAGCGCGGCCAGCGAGGACGUGGUCAAGGUGUACGAUAAGGUCGAGGGACGGCAAUGGGACUGCGGAGCGGGCAUUGCCGCGUCCGAGGGCGCCAAGAAUGCCGCCGUCGUCGAGCGUGUACGUGUUAGAGACGGCUACCUGGUAGAGGGUAGGCGGGACGGCAUUGUGGGAGUAUGGACUUGUUAG